ACUGACCAGGCCUUUGGCUCUGGAAGAAGGUGUCCCUACUUGGGGAAGUCAGGACUGGCUGGGGGCAUUGGUAAAGCACCCACUAUAUGCCAGGCACGGUGACAGAGGGGCCAGCGUGGGGACCACUGUGGACAUAGGAGAUCCCUCCAGGAUGGGCUGGGGGGACCAGGAAAGGCCCCUGCCCGCGGGGGGGGGAGUCAGAAAACGUCUGGCCCAAGUCUGGCUCCCGAAGGCCUGGAAGGCCUGGCCAGUCCUGAACAGCAGCCAGCAGCAGGCGGGCCCUGACAAAUGCUGGAGGGCCUCUUAGUGGCAGCCCUGCCUAAGGCCCGAGGCUGGACAUCCCAGGGCUGCAGUGCCUGAUGUGGCCCCCAGGGCUCCCAGACCUUCACUCUUUCCCUUCAUGGAACACUCCGCCCACCCGGGCCGCAAAGGGCAUAACUGAGGAGAGGGAGGAGAGGAGGCUGCCUGGGGCUGAGUCAGAAAUCUGGAAUGGCAGCUGAUCUCCAGCCCUUUGCUGACAAUGAGUCACCAUUUCCUGGUUUCCUUCCUUCCAUGACUUACUUGUAGCAGCCUGUUCCCGUCCCAUUCCUCAGCCUAGCUGAGGGGCAGAUGGUCAAGAGGGGAUGCUGUAUGCCCCCCCCCUCCCUCCUUUCCUGCAAGGCUUCAAGACCAGAUCAGAAAACAUUCCUGCCCAACAGCCCAUGGUGAAGCUCUCACCGGACUAGAAUUGGUAUCCUGUUGUCUGGGGCCUCGGGCACAGACAAGGGAGAGGAAACAUUUAUUAAGCACCAACUGAAUGCCAGGCACUGUACUGAGGGCCAGCACCGGGAAAACACAGCCCGUGCCCUCCAGGGGCUCACCCCCACACAGAUGGCUGACAGUCAGCCGUGGGAGGGCGGUGGAAUUCAGGGGGACGGGAUGGGCUUUCUGGGGACCCGGGGUGCACACGGAACCGAGAGGGCUGUGCCAGCAGUUUAAAAAGGAGAAGGAGGCGGAUGGUGGGGUGGAUGUGGGAAUGAGUGAGAGUGUGUGUCUGUGUGCGUGUGGGAGUGUGUGCUGCAGUGGGUAUUGGUGUGUGAGUGUGUGUGUUGGGGGGGAGGGUGUGGCUCCCAGCACUCGGAGAUGUUCCAGGUGGACAGGCCUCAGUGGGAUGUUGCUGAAGCCUGGCUUCCCGAGAAGAGAAGACAUUUGUCCGAGCGUCCGUCCAUCUAUCCGUCUGUCCUUCUGCUGCCUGCUCCGUCCGUCCGUUGGGGCCCCGUACGGGCUCUUUCCCUGCUGCUGUAGCCAAGGCAGAUUUGGAAGCAGGUGUUGGCAGUGGUGACUCAGCGGGGACCCCAGGGCGUUUGGGGGCCGAUGAUGCAGGGCUUUCCCUGGCACGCGUCCUUGGAGCAGGAGUGCACCCCCUCAUGCAGUUAUGAUAGGAGUGAGGCCCAGGGGGACCCCGGCCUGUCCCCUUCCCUGUCCCCGUCAGCAGAGGCCGCCUGCGACGCAGCAGAAUCCAUUCAGGCAAAGAGUAGAAAUUCAUAAACUGCGGCAAGGUGAAAACCUGAUUCUUGGAUUCAGCAUCGGAGGGGGCAUUGACCAGGACCCUGCACAGAACCCCUUCUCAGAAGAUAAGACAGACAAGGGCAUUUAUGUCACCAGGGUGUCAGAAGGGGGCCCUGCAGAGGUGGCCGGCCUCCAGAUCGGAGACAAGAUAAUGCAGGUGAACGGCUGGGACAUGACCAUGGUGACACAUGACCAAGCCAGGAAAAGACUGACCAAGAGGAGCGAGGAGGUGGUGCGGCUGCUGGUCACGCGGCAGGGUCUGCAGAAGGCAGUGCAGCAGUCCAUGCUGGCGUAGGGCCUCCCUCCGCGCGGGUGGGGCACGUCCCCAAUCCCCUGAGCCCUGGGGAGAUGUGGGUGGAGGACAGAGGCUGGAACUCAAAGACCCAGAGCCACGCAGGGGGCAGCUUGGUGCCCAGUAAAGCCUGUAUUUUGGGGAGUCCUGGCAUCAAUGCAGUAAGCCAAAGAAGAGAGUCAGGGUGAGUCGGGGGCAGGGCCUGGGCUCCCAUCCCUCUUCACCUUGGCCACAUGGACUGACACGGACCGUUGCAGCUGUACUCCAUCGAUGUCGCUAAGGCCUCCCUGCAGCGUUGGUGUGGCUUGCCCCAGCCUGCCUGGGCUCACCUCCAGGACUGUUCUUGGGGCGAGGCCCAGGACCCUGGGGCUGCCCUCAGCACUGGGCUUUGCCCUAUCCCAGCACCUCUCCUUGAGCAGGGUUCCCCUUCCCCACCGAGGGACGCAGUGGGACUUUUCCCAAGGUUAGGCACCCAGACUGUGGAGGGGGGGCAGCGCCUGCCAGCCCACCACCUCCAGCCUUUGACCCCUUCCCUAGAGAUUUCAGGAGUCUCCAGACAGCAUCCCUGUCCUUGCCCUGCCCCCUCACCCCCCCACCCCCGGCCUGUGAAGCUGCCACUCCUGGGAUGACGGGUCCCUUUUGUAUUUUUCCUUAAAAUUUUAUAUGUAGCAAUUUCUAUCGAAUUUUGAAAAUGCUAACCUGGUAGGAAUAAAUCUUUUAACCAGCC